AUGAAAUUUGACAAAAUUUUGAACCUCAAAAUUACCUUAAAUAAUAACCCUACUAACAUCCUUAAUAACCUCUGCACCGGCCUCGAAACCUUCCUCGGCUUCAACUCUGCUUCCAAAGGCUACGACGGCUCUGGCAUUGUGUACUCCGACCUGGAUAGGCUGUGUGACGGGGUGAUGGGAUUUUUGAGUGGUGUUCUCAGUAACAUCAAAGAGCAUUUAGGGCAGCAUAAAGAUAUUAUUCAGCCUGUAAUUGAUACACUUAACACCAAUAAACACGGCGGUAAAAAAGGUUUUAAUGAAGCGAUUGGAAGUGUGGUCGAAGGGGUGCGGGGGUAUAAUAAGGCAGUGGAGCAGUCUAAUACCUCCAUAAAAACUCCGAUAAGAAAUUUGUAUAGCUACUUGAAACCUGAAAAAGGUGAGUUAACUAUCGGUCUUAAUGCUUUGCAGGUCACCGAGCAGCCUGGACAACACGUUGUCGACCAAGCCGAGAGGCUGGUGGCGACAACCCUUCAGAAAUCUAAGCAAUUUGACAGCGAACUUAAACGCGUCGAAACACAUAUUAAUGAUCUAAAUGCAAAUUGUAAAACACUUGUAAAUCACGCACGUAAGAAUGUUAGCUAUGAGACUAAGCGGCUGGAGGAGCUGUCGAAAAGCGGCAAGACCAGCAUGACCGACAUGGAGCGGAAAAUCACCGACACGUGCCAGACGCUCAAGGAGGCCAUCAAAUCGGGUAUAACGGCAGAAGUGGAAAUCCUUGUUCGUGAUUUGAAGAAAAAAGUAUUCGAUAUUUUGAUGCAACUUAAGGACAUUAACGAGAAAUUGAAGGAGUACGUUAGGAAUCUUGAUCAGUGGAUGUUGAAGGCAAACGCAGUGGCGAGCGAAGCUGCGGAUGAAGCUAAAUUCAUAAAUGGGAGACGGCCCGGAUUGAAGAUCAGAAUGCAAUAA